AUGGUGUUGUAUGUUGUUUAUCCAGAAGACUAUAUAAGAGGCAAACACACAAUGACAUUCAAUCCUGGUUUGCAAGUAUUUUUAAAAAAUCAUCCGGAUCAUGCACCAAAGAGAAUAUCUACACCAAAUACGAACCCGGAGCCGAAACGAAAAUCCAUCAAAGAGGCUAUGAUUGAAUACUGGAUUAUUUAUUGUAGUAAAACACAUGUUCAUGGUGUAAAAUAUUUAGUAGAUCCAAAAUUGCAUAUGUUCGAAAAACUUAUAAUGGCUGUUAUAUUGAUAGCUUAUGUAUUCGGAACUGUAUAUGUAUGUGUACUAUUUUCAUAUCAAUUUCAAGAAAGUGCAUUAAAAAUUGAAGUUGAAAGUACUACUUAUCCAGUUUAUUAUAUUGUGUUCCCAGCAUUAACAAUUUGCAAUUAUAAUCGAUUGAAUUGGGCAAAAAUAAAUCAGGCACAAAGGAGAUUUUUACCAUCGAAUGCAACACAACAAACUAUUGAUUUAUUUCAACAGUUUAUUGCACAAUUCGAAACAUUUUCAUUUGGUAAAUUUUCAACUUUUGGAAAAUUUCAAAAUGUAUCAUUAAAACAAUUGGAUGGAAUUAAUCUAACGGAAGUUAUGGAAUUUUUGUCAUAUCGUUGUGAAGAAUUAUUUCAGUCAUGCUGGUGGAAAGACCAAUACGUAUCUUGCUGUGAUAUUUUUGCUUUACAGAAAAGUGAAUCUGGUUUUUGCCUGAGUUUUAAUUCUAUGACAAAUGCAAAUUCAACUACAAAAAAGAGAACCGAUAUAUUUUAUCCUUGGCAUGUUGCCAAAGCUGGAUUUAGCAGUGCUUUAAAAGUUUUCCUUGUUUUAGAUAAAAGUAGAAGAAGUCCUUUUAAUAAGGAUCCGCAAAAUGGUCUUUCGGUAAUAAUCCACAAUAGUCAUGAUUGGCCAUUAAAUGAACAAUUUAUUCCUGAGAAUACUAAUGUUUCAAUUUCACUUGAUGGAAAAUUAAGUUACGCAAAUGUAGAUACGUACAGCAUGCAUCCUGAUAGCAGAGAAUGUCUUUUUGAUCAUGAAUAUAAAAAUCAGCGUACGUAUAGCACUUUAGUAGGUUUAAAAUACUCAAAAUCGAAUUGCAUUGCCUAUUGCCAUCAACAGCAUGCUUAUGGAAUGUGUAAUUGUUCACUGGAAUUAUUUUAUCCUGUUGAUAUUCUAACGCAAGAUAGAGAACCUGAUGAAGAACUUUAUAUUAAUUAUACUGGGGAUGGAAUGAAAUGUAAAUGUUUGUCAGAGUGCUACUCUGUUGACUUUGAUCCGAAAAUUUUGCCAAUUUCAUUACCUGUGAAUUCAAACCCAAGAGGUAACCUCAGUUAUGUCAGCAUUGAUUUAUUUUACGAAAAGGCAACAAUUAUGAAAUAUAGGAUUGAUGUGGCAUUCGGAAUAAUGGAUCUUCUAGUUGCUUAUGGAGGAAUUGCUGGUCUUUUUCUUGGCUUUUCAUUAUUCAGUUGUAUCGAACUAAUGUAUUAUUUGACAGUCGGAUUCGUUCUUCAUUUUUAUGAAAAUGGAUUCUGUGUUGGUUGUUUUGAAGACGAAAAUAAAUCAACUUUAUUAAAAAGCGAAAAUGGAAAUAUAGUUGAGGAAAGAUCAAAUAUUAAGCGCGUGGAAGUAAGACCUAAAACACCAGAACCAAUUACAAGAGAAUAA